AUGCAAAAUCAUCUCGAAAUAACAGAAAAUAGUAGAAACUCAACCAGUUUGUCAGUCUCGCCUGUGCCAACUGUUUCUUCCAACGUGUCUAAUGAUGGUUCAUCUAACGAAUACAAUGAUUCAUCUACUUCUUCCCAAACAACAGAUGAUCAUAACGUUCAUAGUACCACUAAUGAAGGGUUUAUUAAUUCUGGCACAUUUGAUUACUUCAUCGAAACAAAUAAUCAAUCGGCAUCCUCUGCCGAAGAAAAUGCUGAUUCAGAAAACUUUAACAAUAAUAUGGAUACAAGCCUCUUCGACAAAAGCAAGACAACGUGCGAUAAUUUAGAAUCUAAGAAUUCGGAUGAAUCGUCUGGUCUUUUUAUCAAGAAAAGUUCUGCUUCAAAAAACCUUAGUUUUGAUAAAGAUGAGACAAAUUUUGAUCAUGAAAAAAAUACAAAUUCGUCCACAUCAAAAAUUCCUGAUGCAGAAAGUUUGAUAGCUGUGACCAAUCCCAUUAAAUCAUUCACAUCAGAUGGUCAUAAAAAGAACAAGGAAAAAAUUUCGGAGAUAUUUACAAAACGUGAAAAUUUAUAUGCUAGUUUGAAUAAGGAUAUUAAAAAGGAACAAGAUCUUUUAGAUUAUAUUCCAGGAUUGUAUCUAUUGUUGAGUCUAGAAAAAGAUGAAGGAUCAAAUGGUCUUGUUAACAAAACAAUCAUAUCAAAGGAAUCGUUAGAAAAGCUUUGUAAUGAAUUGGUUCCCAAAAGCUUUAAAUCUGUUUCAAAUAUUAAUUAUUCGAAAUUGAAUAGAGUCUCAUUCAAUCUUGUUGGCUGCUAUGGGAACUAUGAAUUGAUUGCAAGGCUGUUAUUAACCAAAAAAAUUAUUAACCAAAGAGUAUAUGAUCUGCUUGUAUCUUCAAAUAAAUCUGAGAAUCCUUCUCUUCGUUCAGGAAUAUAUUUGUUGAUUGUGAAUGUUAAUUUUGGUUUAGUAAUUCAUUGGCCUGAGCAUGGUUGUUAUGAAGAUAAUGCAUCUGAACAACUUAAAAAAAAUAUGAUUAAUUUCCACAGGUAUCUCACAAAACUGACUGAUUAUCAGAUAUGUUUAAUGAGCAACAGCGAUUUAACCUGUUUUGAAUGGGAAACUAGGAAAGAUGGGAAUGGUUUCUAUGAUAAUGAUAUAGACAAUGAAAAGGAUGAGACAUGUUAUGAAUUUGAAGUCAAAGAAAGUCAAGAAGAAAAAGAGGAUUUCCAGUUGCACAAGGGCUUUAAGGUCCAACUACCAAAUUACAUUCAACCAGACCUUAAGAUCAUUCAUCAUAAUGGAACCUCUAUGCAACCUACUGUUGUUGAAUCUGUGUCGCAUCAAGCAUUCAUCACUCAAAAUAUUAUCAAAUCAUCUUCAGUAAUGAAAAGAUGUUCAGCAAUUUAUUCAAAAAGUCACCAUCCAUUUAAAGAAUAUAUUAAAGGAUAUUCCCUCAAGGUUGAAAAAAAUUCCAUGGACAUGACAUUAUUAAAAAACAAAUUUGAAGAAACUAUUAAAGAUGAUAAUACAGUACACAAAUUUGAAGAAUCAAAAAUCAAUGAAAUCAAUGAGAAAUAUCCUUAUAUAAAUAAAAAAAUAGAGGAAUCUAUUCUAAUAAGAUCAAACCCCUGGAAAUCUUUGAAAGAGAAAUUUCAAUUUUGUUCAUUUAUGACUAUUGAAAUGUUUAUUAAAUGGAAAACAAAUAACACUAAUUCAAAAGACAACCCUGACUCAAAUAAAGUGGAAAGCUGUUUUUCUGAAUUUUUUUGCAAUACAUUUGCUGAUAAAGAAGAAACAGAUCUUACUAAAUUAGUAAAUAAACAUGCAGAAAAAUCUUUAGCAUCUAUUACUACUGGACCAAAUUCUGAAUCUCAUGUCAUUGAACCUCAUGUUAUUGAACCUAAUAUUCGAAAAGCUAAACAAAUAGCAAAGCAUGUACCUGACUCUAAAUUUGUUAAUGAACUUUAUGAUUUUAAAUCAAUUAGUAUUUCUAAUUUUGAAAUAUUUAAUAUUUCACAAGAAAAGAAAAAUGUAAUCAUUGAUUCUUUUCUUGAAAACUUUAAAAAAUGGAGGAAAGGCUUUUCCGAGAAUGUCAAAAAUAUAAUACCAAAAUAUACAAAUGUUAAAACAUAUUAUGAAGAAAAAUUAAGCAAGGAAUUAUCACAAAAAAUUAAAGCAAUAGAAAAACAAGAAUUCACAAGGGUUUGCCUAUUACUUGAAGAAAAAUUCCCAGAUGGACCAAUUUUUAAAAUUAUAGAAGCUGAAGAAACAACAUUUUAUAAGUAUUUAAAACUUACUUAUGAAAUUGAGUCAAUACAACCUGAUCACCUAAAUAUAACAUUAUAUGAAACACACUUGGAAGAGUCUGAAAACUCAAAUAUUCAAAAAAAUGAGUUAUAUGUUCCAAAACUUCAUCUUGACAGCAAUAAGCAUACUUCCUUCAAAAUAGAUCCAGAAAGAUAUGAACUCAGAAAAAUAUCUCAAUUUGAAAAUGGAAAGUUCCUAAUAAUACUUCGGAAUAAAAAAUCAAAUCAAAUAGAAAUUUUUUUUGAAAAUUCUAAUCGCUUAAAAUCAGCUUUUCAAUUAUCAAAUUUAAAACCACUAAAAACAUUAAAUCCUGAUGGUGAUUGUCUUUUUGCUAUAAAUGAACCCAAAGGUUUAAUUGGAAUUUAUGUUGCUGAAAAAGGACUAAAUGUUUAUGCAUUUGAUGAAAAUCAAACCAAUCUUUAUGGUCGCAACCCCAAUAUUCAAAUUCUACAAUAUUAUAAUAAUUCAGCACCAGUUAUUAAAUAUUUUUUCUUUAUAAAAACUACUGAAGAAUUAUGUUUUGUGGAAACUAAUGAUAAAGCAAAAAUUUAUAAUCUUGUAACUGGUCAAUUUCGUCCUGCAACAUUACAAUUUCCUCCAGAUUCUAUAAACAUGUCAAGCACACCUGAUGGUUCUUGUAUUGUAGUGUUUGUAAAAGAAAAAUCAAUUAAAAGUUUACAAGCAGUAUCAAAUGAAGAUGAUAUAUUUAAAGCCCAUGUUUAUUUUUGUUCGAAUUUAGGAAGUACUGCUAAUAAAAGAAUUAUCACCAAUUCUGACAAUAAUAGGUAUUCAAAUUUAAAAGGGAAAAACACUAAUUUUAAACACAAAGUACAGAAAGGAGAAUACAUUGUUAUUAAGAAAGAAAAAUUAAGUGUUGUUGAUGUAAUUUCAAAUACUGAAUUGAAGGUUGCAGGUGUAUAUCAGAGCUUAUCACUUGACAAUGAUACAUGGAUGGAUUUUCAAAUUGAACCUAAGACAAAGCUUAAUGGCUUUAUAGAUGCAUAUAAAUCAAUGUUUGAAAAGUAUCCAGUUGAGAGUUGCAUAGAUCCUGAACAAAAUCAGUCACUUAAUUUGAAAAUUGUCCUUGAUGUAAAUGAUGAUGUUAAACAUGAAAUUUAUGGCAGAAAUUUUGAGAACUAUGUUAUUAAUAUGUUCAAUGAAUUAAAAAAACCAGCAUCUGUUUUAAAGCAUUUUAAAACUACUGUUGCAACAUUUUCAGGUCUAGAUAUUGAAGAAAAUAAUUUUAUAUCAGAACAUUCAAUUGAAUAUCAGCUAGGAGAAUGGAUAAUUCAACUUUCAUGUUUAAUACCUAUCCAGAUUGCAGUUGCUAAAAAUAAUCAAUUUCAACCACUUCGAGAUGGUUUAGCAUCAAAUGAGCUUGAUAUAGAUUUUGAUGAUGAAUAUGGAUGUUGUUUUGGUGGUAUUGCAGAAAACAUUUCACUUGGAUGGUAUGAAGGUAUAUUUAAACAUUUUGGUAAUAGACAAGUUAAAGUUGUUUCAAGUAUGGGUGAACAAUCAUGUGGAAAAUCAUAUAUGUUGAAUCACCUUGUUGGAACAACAUUUGAUGGUUCUGCAAUGAGAUGCACUGAAGGAGUGUGGAUGUCUUUAGUUAUAACAAAAAAAAAUAUUUAUGUUGCACUUGAUUUUGAAGGUUUAAAAUCUUUGGAAAGAACACCACAAGAAGACUUAUUUUUAACUUUGUUUAACACAAUGGUUUCAAAUUUGAUACUUUUUAAAAACCAAUUUGCUGUUAGUAGAGACAUGUCAGAAAUGUUUCAAAGAUUUCAAGAUGGUGCAGCUUUUUUUAAAUCUGAUUCAAACAUUUUUCAAGCAAAACUUUGUAUUAUAAUUAAAGAUGUUCAUAAAAGUGAUCGAAAAGGAGUUGUUGAUGAGUUUUAUCUCAAGUUUGAGGACUUGGUUCAAAGACAGGGGGAAGAUAAUUUUAUUACUAGAAUGUAUAGAAGUGGAUUGACUAUUUUUCCAUGGCCAUUAUUUAAUGAUCCUGCUUGGUUUAAAACUUUGAAAACUGUCAAAACAAAGUUGGAUGAUCAGAAAGCAAAAUAUGAAAAUGCACAAACUUUUUUACAAAACACUAAAGUCAUUAUGGCCAAAUUAAAAAUUUGUGAUUGGGGACCUUUGGAUGAAAAUCUUGUUCAAAUGCGUUUAUCAAUUUUAAAAAGAAUACUUCCAGUAGUUAUAUCUUAUGGCUUGGAGCAAAAGGAACAAGAAAUUAGACCUUUAUUAAAUCAUGAUACAGGGGAAGAAAUAGAUGAUCAACCUCAUUUAUCUAAAUUUGCAGAAACAUUCAAUACACAAAAUCAAAUAUUUCCAGAUUCAGAUGUUUUACUCUUUGAAGAAAAUGCUGAUUUUGUUGAUUUUUCAUCUGAUUUAAGAACUCACUUUGAAGAAAAUAUUCAAAAAAGAAAAUGCUCUGAAAAUGAUUCAGAAUGGUUUAAAAAGUUACAAUUAUUUUUCAGAUUUCUUGUUGAACGAAGAAUAUAUCGUGUUGAGGAAUGGUUUUCUGAAAACAUUAGCAAGUUUCCACAAGACAAUAGUGAAGUUGUUAUUGGAAAAUAUGCUCUUGAAAAAGAGAUUGACAAGCUUAUGCAUUUUUGGACAUUAUGUAGUCUUUCUUGUCAAGAUUGUGGAUUACACUGUCUUAAAAAUCAUGAUCAUACUGACAAACAUGACUGCAAGACUAAUCAUGAAUGUCACUUUUCUUGUCAAUUUGUAGAAGCACAUAGUUCUGUUAUUCCAGUGUGUAGUUAUAAAGCAGGACAUGAUGGGAAACAUGCAUGUAAUAAAGCCAGCCAUUUAUGUGGAAAACCUUGUAAUUUUAGUGAUAAACGUAAUUGUCAAAAAGUAUGUUCAAAAGAUAUUGGACAUAAAGAUGAUGAACACAUGUGUCAAUCAAAGCGUCAUUAUUGUGGAGAGCCAUGUUCACUCAUUACAUCAACCAAUAAAGGUGAUAAAGGUGAUUAUGAAUGUCCAAACAAAUGCAUUAUGCCAUGUGAGCUUGAGCAUGAUCAACAUCGUUGUGAAAAUGAGACAUGUCCAAUUGAAUGCCCAAUUUCAGAUUGUCAGAAAAGAUGCCAAAGUAAUAAUCAUUUUCAUGCAUAUACUGAACUUGCUGUUAAUCAUUUUUGUGGUAAUGAACAUCAAUGUUUUAAAAAAUGUCAAGAACCAGGCAUUUGUAAAAUUUUAACUGAACCAAAAAAAGAAGAAGCAACUUACAAUGGAUUGAUUAAAGAAACUUCAAUUAGCUUUUUUAAAUAUAUUCAACAAAGUGAAAGGAUGAGAUGUAAUAAAAGAAUACCACCAAACUCCUUCGAGCAUGAAGGAACACAUUCACAUGAUGGGUCUCAUUUUUGUGAUAAAAAAUGUCAAUUUUGUACAUAUUAUUGCAACUUGCCUUAUGGACAUCCACAAAUUCUACAUGAGACUACCCAUGGGAAUAUGACGCUAACUGAAUUUACUGCAGAGAAUGAUGAAUUUGAGUAUAAGGGACAUAAAUUACAAAUUGGAGAUCAAGGUUCUUUUGUUCUUUGUAAUUUUUAUUGUAAAGAAUUAGGUCGCCAUAGACAUAUUGAUUAUUGUCAAAAUGUGGAGGCAUGUAAAAAUGGACAACAAGGACAUGAAGUAAUACAUUUAGAUGUACCCCUUGAACCCAAUCCUGAUAAUAAAAAAGAUUAUGUAACUCAUAAAUUAUUUUGGGAAAGAACAGGCUUUAAAGAUCCAUAUUCAGCACAAGAACAAGCAGAAUUUGCAAAAUGUGAUCAUGAAUGUCCAGAUGAAGCUCACAAUAUGCAACAAAGUUCUAAUAGUGCAACUACCACAAAAUCUUAUUGUGAAUUGGAAAUUUUCCAUAAACCUUUAAAUCAAUCAUCUAAUGCAUCAACUGGUAGUGGUUACAUUUCACUGGAUGGUCAUCAGUUCAGCUGUGAUAAUCCAAAUAAAAGUGAAGCAGCAUUUCAUAUUAUAUUUGCACUUGAUCGAUCAUAUUCAAUGAGCCAUAAUGAUAGAAAACCUUUAGAAAACAUUCGUUUAGGCAUCCGUGAAAAAAUUGCACAAAGACAUGAUAAUAGGCUAGGCGCAGUAUACUCAGCA